CCACGUGACGUGAUUAGGGCCCAAUUAGGGCUUAAGGCCAAGGGAGAAGAAGAGGACGGGGGAAGAAGAGACAGGAUGAGAGUGUAUUACACGUUAUACAAGAGAACCACAGCAGAUACUCUGGUCCCAGAAUUACAACGUUACGGGGGCCAACAUCCUCCCUCCAUCUUCACUUCGGUGACAGGUUCCAUUAACAUUGGCGUGCUUGCCUAGAUACGUUCCUUUUAAUCCCCUGAGGCCUUCAUACCCGUCUUUAAUGCUUCUUCUACCGGACUACAAACUACAAGUUGAAGAUGAAAUACUCAUGGUCAAGGGCUCAUGGCAGUAUCCACCACUGUGCCAUAACUACUAGCCAAAUCAAAGCUAAUGUACACACUCGAGAUUAUCAAGUAAUGGUCUGCAUUUACUGUGAACCAUAACAGCUUGAUCCGAGACCUUAUCUUGUCGCAAAGCCAUGUAUUUGUGAACUAGUCUAACUAGCUAUCCGCCCCGGACUAACUAGCACGUCAAUAAGCUGCUAGUUAACUAAAAUGUGGUUAAUGUUGCUAUAAUGGAUCGAGCCUUGAGCACAACCCAACGCCAACACCGGCAUCAGACUCGAAUAGUUGGGUUGGCGAGGCUUAGACAUACAUCUACAGGACCAGUCGUCUACUUCAUCCUUCUCAACGGUUCUCACUUUUAUCGGAAAGGCUUGGAUCACCCACAGUCGAAGAUUGGUAGCAAGAGUCUUACCAACAAGCAUUAUAUUUAUACCAAACUUCUCGUUAUCGAUACAUUUCUAUAUGAUAUAUGACGUCAACUUGUAUCAGUAUAUACUUAAAUGCAUUCCGCAACACAUCCAUAGUGGCAUAAUUGGCAGACUCACCUAGCCCAACUCUCUGAGAGGCUAUAGCGAGAAGAUACAACCUACACCCGAAUCACAACACCUUCCUGCCCACGAGAGCCUAUUUCUCGGCCAGCAGUAGAGAGAGCUCUUAUAACUUUGCAGCUGCCAUAUUCCUCGUUCUUCCCACCGGUCCUGUGGGAAAGAACACUACAAAAGCGCUCUCUAUCGUGCUCUGGUGCAUGCUACUGAUACCCUCUCUCUCCAUGCUGCAAGAUGCAUCUAUACUUCACCAAUGGUUAACUCGCAAGAAAGGGUGAUAUCCGUCGAGGCUGUGAUGGAAGUGGCUAUUUAAACAUUUUCUACUAAGUCAGUCAUUACGAUACUGAUGCCUCCCUAUGCCUAUAAAAAUUGGCUUUCUCAGGAUGUUGUUUUUUCCUCCUUUUUCGCUUCUCUCCACCACCUCCGCCUCCACCUCCAUCCCGUCCCUACACCUCCUAAUUACACCUCCGGUGCUUCACCUCCUUUCCAGCUACCCCCCCAAUGUCUCUCUUAUACUUCCCCCACUGCACGUCACCUCCACCUACAUCUCGUACAUUUCAUCACGUUCCUAGACAUACAUCACCUUUCAUACCCCUGCACCUGCACCGCACCUCCAUUCCUCCACCACCAUCCCUACAAUUCCAUAUUUACGCCUCCUUUCCUCCACCUCCAUCCCUACAAAUCAUUUCCUACAACACCCUCAUAUCCUCAUUCCUCCUAGAGAUAUCUACCUCCAUGGGCCGUUCUCUGGCCCCUACUAUGAUUGUUUACGGAUAGACUCUGAUGCACUCUUUAAACUUCUCACUGGCUGCGCCUGAGAACACAAAUCCGAGGAGGUACAUCGCCAGGAGAGUCAACUAGUGGACCAGCAUGCUGCACACAGCCCUCUGUUGCGUAAGUCACGGGCCCAAGGUUUGCUAUCCUUCCCCAACCGUUUUGACGAAAAACAAGACCUGCUACCGGUGAUUCUCAGUACCCUGCGAAUAGAACGGAUACUCAGGGUACUAAAUGUGGAUCCAGGUAAGUUGAUGCUCUCCGGCUGAUAUUUCGAUUUUGAGGUUUUUGAGCCGUGGCUAAUCUUUUGACAAGCUAAACAUCAGGUCAUGCCUUCAAUGUUGCAGCUGAUCCCACGCCGGGUCGCCAGACGUACUGGGCAGCGGCCGCCUUCAUGGUAGGGACAAGGAUUGUUGGGAAGCGGCCUUUCUCCUUUUAGCGAUGAGUCCAUACUUCUGCGCAGUGCUGAUGAUGAGUAGUUUAACGCCUGAAUCAAGUUAAUAUGUACUCAUCAUGUAUAUAACUAUAUAACUGGAGUGCAUUCAGAGAGGUAGGAGUAAGUAGCUUAGAUAGUGAACCGCGUUAUUAACUGUAAAGUGACCAUUACCUCCGGCCAUCCCAUACUUCAUGGUGGCGGCAAUUGCGGCCUUUGCUAGAAAAAAUUCGACUGUUGGCCAUCCUAUGAGUAUCGAAAUUACGUUACUAUACCUCUGCAUACACACAGAUGCUCUUUUAAGCGAUUGCACCGAGACAUAAGGUUAUGGUUCCUUGUAUCCACCAGCCUCACUGACAUUACUGUCAAUAGCCCUAGAAUUCAUAUCAAUAAAAUAACCGCAUAUGCCUCAAUUAACAUCAAUGGAACCUUCCGAUAGAAGAGCCAGCAGACGUCAAUCGACACAGAGCCUCAAUCCGCCGAAUACGAGAUUCUCUUCCCCAGCCCGCAACGUCCCUGCAGCUGGUACUGUUCACGAAAUUCCCACACAGGGGAGGAAGCACUAGUUAUCAACCCUUGAGCAAACAGGUGGCAAAUGGUGGAGUUCUGCUGUUAAAAUUAUUUUCAACAAAACAAGGAAACGGAUUAAAUUAAGUAUAUUACUCACCGCUAUUUCAACAUUAAGGUAUUAUACCAUGCGAACUAUGACCGGAGAUUGGUGGCAAUGUAUCGGGGUUCGAAGAA